AUGCCAGGCGCCUUCCCAGAGCUUUCUCCUCCACCAUCACCUCCUGCAGACAUGAAGCGCCAGAACAUGUCAAAGUCUAAGAAGACAAAGAAGAAGGCAGAAAAGAAAGAGAGACAGCAGGAGCAGGAGGAAGAGCACGUCCUUGAUGACAGCCACCACCAAGGGAGUACGAAUGAGUCACAGCAAUUCCCUACUCCAAACGCUUCCGCCGACCUCGCCACUCCCGCCAACACCGCGGCUUCUUCUCUCGCGUCCCUCAAUCCCGAAGCAGCGACAUUCAGAAUGCCAACUAUUCCAGAGGAGGCUGGGCAAGUGGUUCCGACCAACGGACGUCCAUUCAGCUUCGACAGUGGCAAUCGAGUGCUGAUCUGCCGCCUUCCAAGCUGCGACAAACAGACUAGUGCCUUCGACGGUAAAAGCGUUGCCUGCCCUGCCUGUGGCCCCAAUAGUCUUGUCCGCUACUGCAGCAAAGAGCACAUGUAUGCUGAUACUCGACUACAUUUCCUCUAUUACUGUGGUCGAUUCCCCGUCUUCGAACCAAUCGACCAGAAUACGCUGGCACCGGCGCGAGCAAGACAGCCGCGACCUUAUCUACGGCCCACCCCGGGUGCUAACCUGCACACCAUUGAGCAUCACCGCCAGGCUGUGUAUUUUGCGAUGGAGGGAGACAACAGUGGCGAUUAUUUUAUCUUCGACGACAUCCAUCUCCUCCGCGAGAUUGAUACACCGACGCUGGACCAGGUGGGGUCGUGCCGGGGUAAAGGAGACCUGGUCGCCCGCAUUGUGCCGCCUGAGAACGAGGACGUCCAUGACCACCGCAAACAGCGGUUCCGUCUCCUGGUCGUCCGUUGCUUAAACUCUGGUGCAAGCAAUGAGCAGGGUCUGAAAGAUUGCAUCGACCUAGCAGCAAUGAUCAGGCAGGACCUAGUCAAUCGUGGAUCGUGGAGUGAAGACAUGAUCACAUACCUGACCAUGCAGAUGAAGCAGGAGUUUGGCUUCCAACUGCCAGAGGACAUGAUGCGCUGA